CCUUUUAAUAAAGAUUUAUUUAAAAAGAGCCAUUUUAUAUGUCAUUUCCUCAGCACAAGUUAGACAAACACAAAACUUAAUCAUAUUAAAAAAUAGACACCGAAAGUAAAGCUAUCCUCAAAAUACUCUCAAUCAAGACCACCACUAAACAAACAAGAUCAUUAAUAAAAUUUAACGUAAAUAUUUAUGGAGCCUACAUACCAGAAGUCUAUGUGCCACAGAAAUAGCUCAGCGAUGUAUGUAUUUAUUUAUCACAUGGAUCAGCAACCAGAAGUUGAGAAUUUCUGCAGUUUUAUGCCCCAUUGAGCUAAAGCAGUAUCAUAUAAAACUUAAUCAAAACGUCAACUUUUUUUUUUAAUUGUACAAGGAUGCAAUGUUUGAAAUUGAUAGAAAAAACAAGAUUGGUUCCCCAACAUACUGAUUUGGGAUUCAGAGAAUCAUGGUGCUAAAAGUGAUCUCCAUAUUUAGGUUAUAAAUGAAAUUUGCCAAGUGACCUUGGGCUAGGUCUGCAUUAUCCCACUCUGUUCUGUCCCUGAUCUGAACCGGCUUACGAAGUGCAACAAUUUGACUAGAAACCUCCCCCUGGGAAAACUUGCCAAACCUCCCUUUAAAAAACAUUUUAUGUUUAAUCUUGCCGUGUUGCACUGCUACACGGAAACAACCCUUGCACAGAACAGAGCAAGCUUUCAGUACAGCAGCAGAUCGUAAAUAUGAACAGAGCCAAACCACCCCUUUUUAACGGAGGUGCGCAGCAAUGCGUAACGAUGGGAAGUUGUUGUUGUUGUUGUUCCUUAGAAGACCAUUAAGCUCAAACCCCAGAACCGCUUGCGAUACCCGGAGCCUGUUCACAGGGGCAAGGCAAGCUGCAUUUCGUGGCAUUAAAGCCCCGGCUAUUCCCAGCUGGUCGCACCGUUCUCUUUCCCUCGCACUGGCGGCAGGUUUCCCUUCUGCCUCGAGCCGGCUGGCGAGGACCGCAGGGCCCCGAGGAAGGGCACACGCGGAGCUGGUGCAGGGAGAUCGCGGCGGGGAAAUGAGCCGACACUCGCGGGCCCACAGGGAGCUGCACGGUGAGGCCCUGGGCCCCGCGGCUGAAGGCGAGAGGGUUUGUCUGUCCCCUGCUCGCCCCGUCUGUGACCCCCGCUCUCUCGGUGCCCGCCCGCCGCCGCCCCAUCCACCUGAGCCGGGAAUCUCCGGCGCCGAGGCGCCCCCUGCUGCUCCCCGCCUUGCCCUGGGCGGCGCAGAGAGCGCUGCAGUCGUGCCGAGCGCAGGGGGGGGGGGGGGCUGAAUGCACCUCUCCGUGCAUCGUCCCUUUCACCGGCGGCGGGGGGAGCUCCCCGCCUUUGGGGACAGGCCCGGGCGGAGGCUCUGCCUGCCCGAAGCCCUGGCUGCUGCAAUCCGGAGCCGUGCAGCAGGUGCUAACCCUUUGCCUCCCCGUUUCCUAUCCCCACCCUCCCGCGCCGCUCCCGGGGCGGUGAUUGGCGUGAGCAGCGGGGGCUUGCCCAGGACGGGGCUGCGGGGCCGGAGGAAGAAGGCAGCGGGGCCCGGGAGCGGAGCCGGGGAAGGGAGAGCGGGGGGGUGGGGAGGAUCCGCGUGUGCCGGGCUGCUCGCCGGAGCCGGCAUGGGGCAUUGCUGAGCGCCCCGGGGGAGCCAUGCUGUCCAGGAAAGGGAUCAUCCCCGAGGAGUAUGUGCUGACCCGCCUCGCCGAGGAUGUCCCGGAUCCCGCCCGCUACCGCGCCCGGGAGCGGCGGGCCAGGUUCGUGGGGAAGAGCGGCACCUGCAACGUGGCCCACAAGAACAUCCGGGAGCAGGGCCGCUUCCUGCAGGACGUCUUCACCACCCUGGUGGACCUCAAGUGGCCGCACACGCUGGUCAUCUUCACCAUGACCUUCCUGUGCAGCUGGCUGCUCUUCGGCAUGACGUGGUGGCUGAUCGCCUUCGCCCACGGGGACCUGGACCACAGCACGCAGCUGCGGGCUGGGGGGAGCCGGGAGGCUGGGGAGGAGGAGGCCGGGGGCUUCGUGCCCUGCGUGACCAGCAUCCACUCCUUCACCUCCGCCUUCCUCUUCUCCAUCGAGGUGCAGGUGACCAUCGGCUUCGGGGGCCGCAUGGUGACCGAGGAGUGCCCGGCCGCCAUCCUGAUGCUGAUCGUGCAGAACAUCGUGGGGCUGGUGAUCAACGCCAUCAUGCUGGGCUGCAUCUUCAUGAAGACGGCUCAGGCGCACCGCCGGGCCGAGACCCUCAUCUUCAGCAAGCACGCGGUGAUCGCCCUGCGGGAGGGCAGGCUCUGCUUCAUGCUGCGGGUGGGCGACCUGCGCAAGAGCAUGAUCAUCAGCGCCACCAUCCGCAUGCAAGUGGUGAAGAAGACCACCAGCCUGGAGGGCGAGGUGGUGCCCCUCAACCAGAUCGACGUCCAGAUGGAGAACCCGGUCGGGGGCAGCAACAUCUUCCUGGUCUCCCCGCUCAUCAUCUACCAUGUGAUAGACAAGAACAGCCCGCUCUACGACAUCUCCCCCCAACACCUCAACCACCAUGAGGACCUAGAAGUCAUCGUCAUCUUGGAAGGGGUGGUGGAGACCACUGGCAUCACCACCCAAGCCAGGACCUCCUAUCUGGCUGACGAAAUCCUCUGGGGCCAAAGGUUUGUGCCCAUCGUGGCUGAGGAAGAUGGUAGGUACUCAGUGGACUACUCUAAGUUUGGCAACACGGUGAGAGUACCCACCCCCUCUUGCACUGCCAGGCAGCUAGAGGAAGACAGGAGCAUCAUAGACUCCAUCCCGUUGUCACCUAAAAGCACCAGCAGGAAGAGGUCUUUCAGGUUAAAGCCCAAAUUUACCAUAACUGAUGAGCCUUCCUGACACCAUUUUAGAGGAAAGAUGCAAUAAAAAGAACACUGAGAUGGCCUCUUAUUUUUCUUAGCCAGGUUGGUAGCACAAGGUGUGUGCAGUAUUAUUUAUUGCAGGAUAAAUUAAAGUUAAUUUUAUUUUUUUAAAGGCCUGCAACAUUUUUAAGCAACAUUGGGUGUGGAAAAAAUUUAUUCUCUUGCUUGUAAUUUCAGUUCAGACGGUCUUGUUUAUUUGCAUGAUCAUUUUGGAUGAUUCAUGCACACUGAAUAAUGCCUUUUCUUGAAAAGUAAGUUUAUCUGUUGCCUAGCAGGUUGCAUUAUUUUUGGUCUUGCAAUGCCUCUCAGAAAGUUCAUGUUUUUAAACUGGUUUUAUAAACAAUCACAAUACAGGAAAAAAGUCUUUGAUUAUAAUUAUUAAAGUUAAAUGGAGUUUAUAUAACAACAAAAAGACCAUGCAGUAAGAUUUGCACCCCAAAAAAGUCCAGAUAUGAAGGUGUCUGUUUAGAUUAUGGUGCUUUAUGGCUUAAAGAAAUAAAUUUACAGCUUUAUUUAGUCUAUAUGGUAUGUUUGGAUCUGUUGAUUGAAAAAGCAAUAUAAACUGCAUGCUUUUGUUAAUUUUAAAACCAUUUUACAAAAUAAACAUUUAAUAUAUAUUUCUGAUAGUGAAUGAUGCAACUAUGGCUCUAAAAAUAUUUUGUCUUUACAAAGAACAGCAAAUAUUAAUUGCUAUGACAUGAAUGAAAUAUACUGUACGUAGGAAAAAAUGAAAUAUAUUAAGUGACUGUAUGUAAGAAAACAAACAAAAACCCUGCCACAAUGAAGUAGGACACUUAUGAAAAUUCAUUUCCCAGUCCUACACAUCAGAGUAAAAGCCAUCAAAUAAGAUGGAAAUUAAAUAAAAUCAGAGAUCUUAUGUAGAAAGUCAUCUGCAGAAGAGCAGACCCAAAUUACAUUGAACAGUAUUUGCAUGCACUCAGCAACACCUUUUAAAAAAUUUUCAGGUUUAAAAAUGAUGUUAAUGUGAUUUGUGAUCAUGUAAAGGAGGGACUUAUAGGACAAUGCAGUCCACUUCCUGGGUGCCAUGUCACCUUUGUUUCCUUUUCAUUUAGGGUCUGAGCCUAAAUUCCCCUCAUACCUUAAAUUCUCCUUGUCUAUAUUGAAUUUUGUAUGAGCUGUUAAUACAGAAUCAGGCACUUAAUGGAAAACAAACUAUCCAUAUUCAUACAACGAAUUCACUCAGUUUACAAAUAGAAGAGAGAAAACUGGAUAGCCAGUCCCUAUUAGCCGGAUCCUGUAAAUCCUCUACAUGAGGAACCCCCCAUUAACAACAAUAGCAUUUCCAUGUGUGGAAGUAUAGGACCCUGAUAAUGCAAUUUACAAUAUACUGUUUACAAAUACCUCAAAUUGUCAUUGAAGUGAAAGGGAAUUUGGUCUAAGCCUGAACAGAGACUGGGCCCACACUCAUGACAGAAGUUGUGUGGUGUUGAUAUUUCAUAAGAAGCUGUGAGAGGUUACAUUAUUCAAAGGCAUUUCAGUGUGACAACUCUUUGUCUCUUAUGCACUAACACAAGACAACUCCGAAAAUAAUUUGUGUUAGUGUUGCUCUGGUCAAUUUUUUUAGACUUGUCAGUAUCAUAACACAUUCAUGCAAGCUGAGAUUAAAAGGGAAAAGGAAAGUUGCAUAUUCACUAAAUAAGAAUCUAUGGUAAAAUGAAAUGCAAUUUCAGAAAUAAAAUCUCAGUCCAUUUUAGAAUAUUAGAAAUACUAUUAUAUUGUUGCAUGUUUUAGCAAUAUUAAGGCUUGCACUGGCACUAUCCAGGCUGCCAGCUAAAGGAAUGCUUAGGAGCAUAUAAAUAUGUAUCUAAUUUUCCAAAGGGUUAACAAACUUUUUAUUAUUUGUACAGUGCGAAAAGUAUACUAGGUGUUUCACAAUGAGAAGACAAGGUCCCUGUCCAGAACAGCUUAUGAUCAAAAUAGGACUAAUGUAUAGCCACAUGCAAGGAAAAUUUGAACAUAUACAUUUUAUACUUUGGUAAAAUAAAAACAAAUGUUACAUUUUUU